UCGCCCCUACGUCUCAGAUUUGCGCACAGCAUUUCAUUAUUUUACCGCAACUUUAACCUAAAAUAACCCCCAAAAACAGUAAACAAACAUCUAUAAAGCAUGUAAAUUACUAAACAGAUGGUUAUAGAUGGGUUUUAAGGCCAAUAUGUCGGCAAAACGUAUAGAAUUGGUCGGCCUGAUCGCGUUGUUGACACAUCUCUCGUUGCUGUCAGCGCAGAUAUUUCCAGUCGAAAAAAUUGCUGUUGGUGCAAUUUUUGAUCAGAAUACUGAGGAGAUCCAAAGUGUAUUCAAGUAUGCGUUGUCAAUGCACAACCAGAACAUAAGCAGCAGGCGACUGGAGCUGCAAGCCUACGUCGAUGUUAUCAACACAGCGGAUGCUUUCAAGCUCUCUCGACUCAUAUGCAACCAGUUCGCCCGCGGAGUCUUCGCAAUGUUGGGCGCAGUGACAGCUGAAUCUUUCGACACGUUACAUUCGUAUACCAACACCUUCCAAAUGCCAUUCGUUACUCCAUGGUUUCCAGAAAAGGUGAUUCCACCAUCGUCAGGCCUGAUCGACCACGCUGUAAGCAUGAGACCUGAUUACCAUCGAGCUAUUGUUGACACUAUAGUACAUUACGGAUGGAAAGAAAUUAUUUACAUGUACGACUCUCAUGAUGGUCUUCUACGGCUCCAGCAGCUUUACCAGUCUAUGCAGCCUGGUCACACCGCAUUCCGGAUAAUCAUGGUGAAGCGUAUCAACAACGCAACAGAUGCCAUUGACUUCCUACUGACCCUGGAACAACAUGACCGGUGGGGUAACAAGAGGAUCGUUCUCGACUGCAACACGAAGAACGCGAAGAAUAUUCUAAUCAGUCACGUCAGGAAAGUGCAGUUGGGGAGACGCACUUACCAUUACAUGCUAAGUGGACUGGUAAUGGACGAUCACUGGGAAAACGAAGUCACAGAGUAUGGAGCAGUCAACAUAACAGGGUUCAGGAUCGUCGACCACUCGCGUAAGAUUGUGCGCGAUUUCACAGACGGUUUGCGUCGAAUGGACGGCCGCUUUAAGGGUACUAUAUCGGCUCAGACCGCAUUAAUGUACGAUGGUGUGCAAGUACUAAUGGAUGCCCUGGGAAGGUUGUGGAGGAAGAAGCCGGACGCAUUCAGGAGCGCAUUGAGACGCGCGGCCGGGCAGGCGAACUCCACCAAAGUAAUUGAUUGCAACCCUGGGAAGAGCUGGGUGGUGCCGUUCGAACAUGGUGAUAAGAUUUCCAGGCUGAUCAAAAAGACUGACAUCGAAGGAUUGACUGGAAAUAUAUCGUUCAAUGACGAAGGACAUCGUUAUAAUUUUACAUUGCAAGUUGUCGAGAUGACUGUGCAGAGCGCCAUGUUGAAGGUAGCUACAUGGUCGGACAUACAUGGUCUGAUCCCAGUACACGCGAAGUAUAUCCAGCUCCGCUCCCCUGCAUCAUAUGAGACCAACAAAACAUACAUCGUAACUACUAUGUUACAAGAGCCUUACAUGAUGCAAAAAUCCGCUGAGUAUGGCCAAAAAGAUGAACUUGAAGGCUUCUGUAAGGACCUUAUGGAUUUGAUUGCGAAAAAGAUGGGUAUUAAAUAUGAAUUACAGGUCGUGAAGGAUCGCAAGUAUGGCGUUGAAAACCCAUUGGACAAUCUGUCAGAACUAAUUAGCGAAGUUGUGCGAAAGGACGCAGAUAUAGCCUUGGGUCCUUUGGCUGUGACCCCGGAUAGAGAGAAAUUAGUAGAUUUCAGUGAGCCAUUCCUGUCAAUCGACAGCCCAAUUACGAACACAAAGACACCCAAACAGCUUUCGGACACUUUCAGCUUUCUCAAACCUCUUUCUAAGGAAAUUUGGUUGUGCAUACUGUUCAGCUUUUUCGCUGUCAGUAUUGUUCUUUUUCUUGUGUCAAGAUUCUCUCCCCAUGAAUGGCGAUCUAUAUCCAUAUCUGACACACAUUUGGAUCAUCCAAUCAGCAGUACUAACGAGAUUAUACUGCACAAUGACUUUAGCAUCUGGAACUCAUUCUGGUUCUCGCUCGGCUCCUUCAUGCAACAAGGCAGCGAUGUUGUGCCUCGAUCAUUAUCAGGAAGAAUUGUUGGUACGGUUUGGUGGUUCUUCGCCUUGAUCCUGGUCUGUUCUUACACAGCAAAUCUAGCUGCUUACCUGAUCGUGGAGAGGAUCGCUGAUCCAGCCCAGUCUCCAGGCUACCCCACAGGCCUGACUCAUUCAGAAAUUGCGUACUCGUGGAAUAACAUAAUGAAAGAACCAUUUGUUGGAGACGAUAUGAGUAUAGUCCAGUACCCUGCGGUGUUGGAGAAACAGGGUUGUAAUACCAUGGCUCGGGUGUGCCGCUACAAGCAUACUGAUCUCGCGAUUGCUACUGCUAAAGGAUCACCUUUGAGGGAAGGAAUAAAUUUAGCACUAGUAAGUCUUAAAAAGGAAGGGGUAAUUGCAAUUCUUUGGCGGAAAUGGAUUUUAAACAGUAAAAAGUCCGACUGCGAUGUACCCAAAGAUGAGGAGUUCACAAUCACAGAGAUGACAUUGAGCCAGGUGUCCGGGAUAUUCUACGUGCUGGUUGGUGGGCUUGCGCUGGCGCUGAGUGUGGCGCUGCUGGAGUUCUGUCAGCACGGGCGCGCCGAGGCCGCGCGGGCAAAUGUACCGUUGCGCGCGGCCUUGCGGGCCAAAGCUCGCAUGGCCUCGCGGACUGACCGCAAGACGCCGCCGCAGCAUACGCCGCAGAGAGACACACAUGAUCGGCUUGGAUGGAAUGGGGCCGCUUUCGGGUACAAUGAGUUCCUCGUAGGAAGAGACGAUUUGGGACAAAGUCGACGCAAGAUAUAUUAAACUUAAUUAGUACUACUUCACCGCCGCCACGCAGGUCUCCCAAGAGGAGGCAGUCCAUGCGAGUUACACUCACGUCUGAUCUUCGGAGAAGGGCGGCGGCGCCAAAGUGCGCCGGUCGUCUAUAUCCAAGCCCAAGCCGAACAACGUUGAUCUUUAUCAACUUUAAUUUUAUUUUAUUAGUAUUGUAUAGUCGCAGUCCCAGACAUGUUUGAGAUAGAUGCUCUGCACAUUUUCCGUCUAGUAGAUAACCGUGAUAUUCGAAUGUCAUACGAAUAAUUGAAACACGCAAAUUAUGCUAUAUUGGACUGUAAAACUAUACUUUUAUUAGGUUCCGCGCGCACGAGGAGUUGACGUCGUAGUAAGCAUUAAAAAAACGGCGCGCUUGAUAUCCGUACAGUUUGGCGACAACGCGUAAUCUAUCUCGACACAUGUCUGCGAUCGCAAUCAUACCAACCACACUGCAAAGUUGGCCGUAUUGCAGUUUUUACGACGUUUUUAUAUGUAAUUUGUAGCUUAACUGAUUUUAUAGGUGAGCGACAGACACUGCAGAAAUACGCGACACGACGCAAUGUAGCAAUGUCAUAUAGAUACAAAAUUUUAUCACACAUUGAAUCGAGUACCUCGUAAUUUUAUAAUAACUUUUAUAAUAAUUUCUUAAUUUUAUAAUAAUAAUUUCGUAAUUUUAUAAUAAUUUCUUGAACUGGUCAUCAAUAUCUUCGAUUAGCAAUUUUUUUAAUGGUAUUUUUCUUGACUUGGAGCUUUCAGUCACUCCCAGUUCAGGUAUUGUUACUUAUCAAUUCAACUGACACACGACUGAUGCACAUUAUAGGCUGGUCUCUUAAAGAACAGCCAAAUUUUAUCAAUAUGCUCUUAUCUUCUUUAGUUUUUCGGACACAUAGUAAAUGUUCCCUUUUCAAUAAAUGUAGUGUUUGGAAAUAAAUUACAUUUAUCGAAAAAACAUUUGGAACGAAGAAUGAACAAAACGAACAUGAGAAAUGUGUCCGUACAAAGUUCGGUCAGCUACCUAGUUGAUGUUGUUAGGUACUCCAACUUGGGAUGAGAGGGCAAAAAUAUAUUUGUCGUAUUUAGAUGUAAAUUUCUAUAAAUAACUAAUGUUAUUUAUAUUUUCUACAAAAAAUUAGCUGCUAUUUAAAAAGUCACUCUCUUUGUCUUUGCGCUCGUAUAUAUUUUUUAUUUAAACUUAGCGUUGGCACGUAACAGAAUUAAUUUCCUUCCAGCUAGUUUUUCAGACACAAAAACAUACGGGUGUAUUUGGAAAGAUUAGGUACUUAUAAUCUGAAACAUUUUUCUAAUCUGUUUAUGCCCAUCAUUCGUUAAAAAAAAUUGAAUUUUUGAUUUUCUUUUUGUAAUUAUAACAAUAUAGGAUUAUUUAUAUAAGUUUAGGUUAAAUUUUUUUAGCAAUAAUUUAUUUAAUUUUUUUGUUUUAAAGAUAAGUUUUGUUCUAUUGUCUGAUUAGAUACUUUAUUUAGAUUACGCAUUAAAAUAUGAUUAUAUUUUAAUGCAUAAUCUAAAUAAAGUAGGUAUAAAGUAUUACGCAUUAAAAUAUAUUUUAAUGCGUAAUCUAAAUAACGUUAAUGUAGUUAAAUUUAACAUUAACUUGUCACAAAUAUUACUCCUUUUACUCAGUAGACAUAGCUAGAUUUCUGAUUAAAAUCCAGAUUCGUAUUCCCAAAAUGUCCAAUACGCAAAAUGUUCAAAAUUCAUCAUAACGUUAGGGGCUUUAGGUAAAUACGAUCUAUCCCUACUUGAAUCGUAAGUUGAAAUAAGUUUAAUUUUAAUGAGAACUAUUAGUUGUCAAUGAAAAUCUAUUAUUUCUUUCUCGAAAUAAGCAUAAGUCAGGAAAUUAUUCUCCAAACUGAAAUAAACUCCGAAUCUACGAACAGUAUUAUUAUUCGUAGCUCCAAAUUUAAUUAGCGAGUAAUGGAGUGAUAACACUGACUGCCUGAUGAAUAUUGAUAAUUCUGGGAACCGCAAGCGAAUAUGACACGACAUUUCAUAUUGAUAAUAUAAUUACGCCGCGUAGAAUAAUUAUGCUAGGUAUUAUAAUAAAACAGGAAUUGAAUAUGCACUUAAAAUACAAUAUUUGAGACUAUAUUAUUAAACAGAUAGUGAUCCCCAAUUUCCCUUAAAAAUUGUAGAAACUUUAGUAUUAUAUUUUACCAUAUCUACAUAAUAAAUUUUUAUUUAGCUAUUAAAUGACCUUGCAUUUUUAUAUAACAUUGUAUUGCGCAAUGUUUAUCAUUCAUUAUAUCAAGCAAUGAUGCAUUUAACUUCUGGAAUUUUAGGAAUUAUCUUUUAAAAUUAUCUAAGAUGUGUGUGACACCCUCUUUAAAAAUAAUUUAUAACUGAUUUUUUUACUUAAACACUUAGGCUAGGUAGUUGUUUUAAUGAUUAACAUCGAUUGUAAGAAAAUGUACCGUUAUUAUUAAUACAAUUGCCAUGUGUAGUAAUUUAUAUAAUGAUAUAUAAUUUUUCGAUGUCGAAUGUAUACUCUAUGCAUUCAACAUAAAUAAAUAUUUAUUCAUUUUUAAUUAAAGUAUAUUUUAAGCUAAAGUAUUUUUCAUCUCGUUCUGUCAAUGUCAAAUAAUAUAAAGAACGGUAGUAAAGAAAAAUGCUUUAGUUUAUAGUAUCAUUUACAUUUUUAUGAUUAAGAGGGUUAGUUAUAAUAAAUGAAUAAUAUACAUAAUAUUAAAAUAAACAUUGCACGAAUAAACUUAGUAGAAAUUAGUGCACUUUAUACAAUAGUUUAGUAAAAUAAGUAGAUUAUAUAAGUGUUCUAGAGUUUAUCAUUACGUUCAGUAGUUUAUACAAUAUAGAUGCUUUGGUCUAGUAGACUUUUAAAAGUCAGAUUAAGAUUUUUAACUUUAUAAUUUGCACUAACUUUACAAUAACUUAAACAUACACAAUAAUUAAAUAUAAGUGUAACAUUUAUAUCGACAUAAAUGCCAAUUGUAUGACAAUGUAUUUUAUUUAUAAUAGCCAAUUUAAUACUGUAGAAAAAUUAUACAUAAGAAAAAAGCUCUCGUCGCUAAUACCUUCCCUUAUGGGAAUCCAGUAAGAAAAGUAUCUAGGCGUUUCGUCCCUCGAUCUUUCUCGGCUCUUUAAAAAUGCAUUUGAGACCAUUAUGCAUUGAUACCAAGUAUUAAUUAAUUUUCUAAGUAGGAGUUUGCUUCCAUGGGACGGAAAUAGUUGAGAGACGAAACACCUAAUCAACAUUAUGGGGCUGUAAUGAAAUUAAAAUAGCUAGUUUUGCCAAUGCAAAACUAGCCACCUACUAAUAUCGUUCAGCAUUUUACAGCCUUGAUACAAUUAUC